AUGUCCCUGUCAUUCUUCUUCGAGGUCACACAGCAAGAGUACUUAGCCACUCUCAUCGUUCGCUGCUGCAUAUCAUUGAGCUUUUGUUUCCUCGCAGCAUCUGUCUGGCUUGACUGGGGCGAAUUUACAGCGUCGCUACAUGCACUGAUGAGAUCACUCCAAUCGCCUGUCUCACACUGUGGUGCUUGCACGUCUACCGAUAGCAGAGUUCUACGUGAUUUCAACAAGGCAAGAGUGGCGCGAUUACAGUUCGUGGCUGACACGCUGUUGAUACCCUUGUCGGCCAUGUUUAUGCCACUAGUCAUUUGCAUGCAUGUUGCAAAUCCCUCCGACUGGGGUGUUGUUUUCAGAGCGGUGUUCAUGUGUGGACGUUCAUGGGCCAAUUUAUACUGGAAGCACAUGAGAAGAUCACCCGGGUUUACCGCCGUGGACGUAGUGUGCCUGUUCAAAGUGUUCAUGUGCACAAUGGCCUUGCGAAUGUGCUUUGCAAGCGCAACUUCCUAUCUCAUGUACGGUGGGUUGUGGAGCGCGGCACGCGCGACUUUCGCGAUCUUCAUACUUGAUUGGAAGACUUCGGUAAGAUGGAACAUACUUCUUUCUGCAGUGACGUGCGUCGCUGUCUGGCAGGGGCGCGAGCAAAUUGUAAUCACCGACGGAGUCUCUUCCAUGGCAGCGUUCGUCCAUAACGUCUUUAUUGAGGUGGUUACUUGUGCACUUGUCUGCUGUGCCUCAAUAUUCCUGGAGGUUUGCGAGAAGGACCGCCUCAAGGCGUCCCUGGAGUCCAACCAGUCUGGCCGGGCGUAUCGGGCAGUUCAAAGACUGCUCGGCGUACUCUGCGACGCCCAGCUGUACAUCUGCCCACAACUGAACAUCAUCGCCCAUUCCCCACACCUGGUGCACUUGUUGGGCCCCGAAGACCAAGCGGGCGACACGAGGAGCGCGCUUCUCGGAUGCAACUUCCUUCGGUACGUGGGGGAGUCCGACCAGCAGCGCUUCCAGGACUUCAUCUCGGCGACGGCGGCGCUGCAGUCCGAGGACUCCCCGCUCAAGCGCGUCGCCGCCUCGGUGGCCGAGGACCUGAACUCGGGCGAGUGCGCCAUGGGCCCUGCCACUUCCAUCCAGGUGUCGCUGUGCAAGGACGGGGGGACGCACCCGAUCCCCGUGGAGCUGUUCCUGAUCUGCAUCACCGACGCCGGGGACGCCCCCGAGUUUCUGAUGGGCAUCCGGGAGACCUCCGAGGUGCUGCCGCGGGAGGCGUGCACUGACGCCCCCGGCGCCGUGGCGCUGCAGCUGCUGGCGGCGGCCCCGCACGCGCGCGAGCCCCAGCUCGAGGCCGCCGGGGCGCCGUGCGCGGGCGAGCUUCGCCCGCCGCCCAGCGCGGCGCCGCCACGCUCUGAGCCGCCGCUGCUCCGGCCGGCCCGGCGCGCCCCCGCGGCGGGCCAGGAGCGGCGGCCGCAGCCUUCACUCGGGCGGAGGUCGCGCAGUUCCCUCUCGUCGUCCUCGAAGACCUCCUCCACCUCGUCUGGGAGCUGCGCGCCAGGCGCAGCGGGCUGCGUCUCUUCCGUGUGCCUGCGGCUGGACUCCGCGAGCAGGGGCCUUCGCGUCGAGGACAUGGUGCUGCACUUCAAGGACGGGCACUUGGCGCCACGCCUGAAGGAUGAUUGGGUUCCACGGGAAGUUUUGAAUGAUAUCCUCAAGAUCUACCAGGACCUCGUGAACCAAAGAGAGUACGCAGGUGGCGAGGAGGCGACGGCGGGUGUGGACUUUGGUGCGGUGCGGUUUUCCAAAAACGGAGACACGUUCCUGCGGGCGGAGUGUGCAGAGCUUGCGGCCGAUGACCCUACGAAAGACCCACGCGAUCCUGGCGACGAUCCUGGCUGCUUCAAUCCGAUCGUUCUCAUGAAGCUGACCGGGGUGUCGAAGUUUCGCAUGCCUUGGCAGAAGGGGCUGCAGAUGCUGCCCCCGAUCGACGAGUCACCAACGGAUGCGGCGGGCCAGCACUGCGGCGCGCCGUCGCAGGGUGGCGACGUGCCGACGCUCAAAAAGAGAGCGGGCAGCUUGAAGAGGACUGCCGAGGCCUGA